ACAUUAGUGAUUGAGAGCACAACACGUUUGCGUCCUUUUCCGGCACUCAUUARCUAUGGGUAUAUCUCGAGAUCACUGGCAUAAGCGCAGGAAGACCGGCGGCAAACGUAAGCCGCUCCGGAAGAAGAGGAAGUUCGAGUUGGGCCGACCCGCGGCCAACACUAAGAUCGGCCCAAAGCGCGUGCAUUUGGUUCGUACCAGAGGUGGUAAUCGUAAGUUUCGAGCCCUUCGUCUCGAUCACGGAAACUUCUCGUGGACUUCGGAACGUACAACCCGUAAGACCCGUAUCAUUGACGUUGUGUACAACGCUUCCAACAAUGAGUUGGUUCGUACCAAGACUUUGGUGAAGAACUGUAUUGUAUUGAUUGAUGCGACGCCAUUCAGGUUAUGGUAUGAGAACCAUUACGCUCAACCAUUGGGACGCAAAAAGGGCGUCAAAUUGACGGAAGCCGAAGAAGAAGUAUUCAAUAAGAAGAGGAGUAAAAAGUGCGAAAAGAAAUAUAAGUUGAGACAAAAAGUGGCGAAAGUAGAGCCGGCUCUCGACGACCAGUUUAUGGCCGGAAGAGUACUCGCGUGUUUAGGAUCACGUCCGGGACAAGUGGGCAGAGCUGAUGGCUAUAUACUGGAGGGUAAAGAGUUGGAGUUCUACCUAAAGAAAAUUAAGGCUAAGAAAGGCAAAUAAACUAUUGAUGUAAUGUCUUAAUAAAUUUUUCAAUAAAAAUUGGAUUU